AUGAUCCUGUCUACAACAAUGCUAACCACCUGGACGAUCUGGAGACUGUGGCGAUUUACCAUUCAGCCAUUGCUUCGACCUCAUGAACCAGUUGAGCUUCCAUACUGGAUCCCAUGGCAUGCGGGUGCCUUCUUCAAAGAUUCUCAUCUGCUGAUGAAGAGAGCCGUGCAACAAUUGCAGUCACGCGAGCCUUUUGCACUGACCCUCGCUGGCGACCGGUACUAUGUGGCAACAUCGCCAGCCGACACCCGCCCUUUUUUCGCCAAUGCAAGUGCCCUGGGCCUGGAUGGCUUUCUCAAUCAGGUGUUGAUCGGCUUCGGUUGUGGAUCAGAGCGGCUUCAUACCCUCUGGCAGCGCAACCAGCCCAGCCCCACAAACCCGAAAGGCAAGAGUCUGAUCCAUUUGACCGAAGAUCUCUUUAAACAUCAUCUCCUUCCUGGACCGACCUUCGACAGCUUGUUGAGCCGGUAUCUCUACCCCACACUGACUGGCAAGGAGACAGAGGCUAUUUCUCUUUACGACCUGUGCUCUGAUUUCAUGAUCAAUGCCACACAGAUGGUUCUGUUUGACCCUGCUCUCUUUGCUAUCGAUCCUGAGAUGACAGUUGAAUUGCGGGCCUUCACCGACGAGUUCUGGCAGCUCAUAUAUAAAUCAAAGUUCAUUGACAGCACGCGAGUGCGUCAGAUCCUGGCUCAAUACACCAAGGCGCUCUCCACCUAUCUACGGUUACCGCCUCAGACACGGAACCGUGAGGCAUGCCUUAUCCGAACGUUGCUCCAGACCUAUUCUGAGCUGGGGAUCCACGAAGAAGACCAGGCGGCCAUGAUGGUUAUGAUAUAUUGGGCCGGGGACGCCAAUGCAUAUAAAGCAGCAUUUUGGAUCCUGGCCUACAUCGUACACGAUCCUAUAUUGCGGGAGUUGAUUCAUAAGGAAACAGCUCCGGCAGUGGGCCCUGAGGAACAGCUAGACAUGACUUAUCUACGCCACAAUUGCCCCCGGCUCUCGUCAGUCUAUCACGAGGUACUCCGGCUAACCAAGCGCGAUACGGUGCUUCGUCGGGUGGCUCAAGAUAUAGAGCUAGGCGGAAGGCUGCUCCGAAAAGGUAGCUUUGCAGUAAUUCCCUCUUGUCAGUUGCACGACAGUUGCGAGACGUAUGGACAGGAUUCGCUGUCCUUCAAUCCCGAUCGCUUCCUCAAACAACCGGAGCUGACGCAAGACCCUGGUUAUUUCCCGUAUGGUGGAGGAUUAUACUACUGCGCGGGUAGACAUUUCGCAACUCUGGAGAUCUUCUCCUUUGUGGCUCUGGUACUGAACCAAUUUGAGGUAAAAUUUGCGUGGCCGGACCAAAGCUUUCCCCAAAAGGACGAGAGUGUGCUUACAUUCGGAAUCUCACGGCCAUUACCAGGUGAUGAUUUGUAUGUAUAUUUAACGAGACCUGAAGGCGUGGAGCACUAGUGGAGAUUGGCAUGUGUCAAAUCGGAAAGGAAGUAUGGAGAUGAGAUUUUGGAAGGGGU